AGCAUGUCGGUGGUGAGCGCGGUACCGUUCAUGAGGCCGCUCCACAUGCGCUCCCCGGUGCCGCAGGGCCGCCGCCACACGCUGCCGGCCAGCGAGUUCCGCUCCCUGAGCCCGGAGGACGCCAUCAGCGUGUUCGAGAUCGAGAGAGAAGCCUUCAUCUCAGUGUCCGGUGAGUGUCCUCUCCACCUGGACGAGGUGCGUCACUUCCUCACCCUGUGUCCUGAGCUGUCUCUUGGCUGGUUCGAGGAGGGACGUCUGGUGGCUUUCAUCAUCGGCUCACUGUGGGACCAGGAGAGGCUUACCACGGACGCCCUCACCCUCCACAAACCUCACGGGACAACCGUCCACAUCCACGUCCUGGCUGUCCACCGGACCUUCCGCCAGCAGGGCAAAGGCUCCAUCCUGAUGUGGCGCUACCUGCAGUAUCUGCGCUGCCUGCCCUACGUCCGCCGCGCCGUGCUCAUGUGCGAAGACUUCCUGGUCCCCUUCUACAGGAAGUCGGGUUUCAAGGUGCAGGGACCCAGUGAAAUCACGGUGGGGCCACUCGCCUUCAUCGAGAUGAUGUAUCCAGUUCGGGGCCACGCCUUCAUGCGUCGUAACAGUGGUUGUUGAGGACAGAAGGACUUAAAGUGGACUCUCCCUGUUGGAAACAGAUGUGGGGACAUCUGAGCAGUUUGUCUGCAUGCCAGCGCCCUGCGCAGUGUUUGUGAUCAUCACUGUGUGUGAGACCCUUUCAGCAGGCGGCGAGGUGUUUGUUCUCACUGUAAGUCUGCAGGCAGACGAGAACAAAGAGCCGCAAUCCAGCUGCCAGCAACAGCUGUUGGUAAAAGUGUUGGGAAACUACAAAUAUAUUGUUCUGUAGUUUAAUUUCAGUGUAAAAAAAGCAUAUCUUUAGAGCAAAGUCCUGAAAGAAUGUAUUACAUUUUUUAUGUAAAAAGCUAUUUUAUUUUGAAAAGUGUCACUGUAUUGAAUAGAACGCAGCUGCCUUUCUUCUUUCUCUGCCCUCUUUUUUUAAAAUAUUGGUUAUUUAACUAAUCUAACAUUCUAGAGAGCCAGAAACCUAAAAGGACAAUAUUUUUAGUCAAUAAGAGCAGUAUUGACCCAUUAUUAAUGCAUUAAUAUGGGUACAACUAUAAAGUAAUAUGCCAAAGUAAACAGCUAACCUUCAAGAUGUCUGUGUUACAAAUACAAAGGAAGGGAUAUCAGCAAUCAAACAUCAGAUAAUAUGUUUAUGAAUUACCUUGAACAUGUUGUAUUAUAUUAAGAUGAGUGGUCCUGUCUGUCUCCAUCAUUAUCUGUUGUAUAUACGUAAAAAAUAUUUAAUUAUAUUUAAUGUAUACUUCAAUAUUCCUCUCUAAAGUCUCCUCUCACCUUUCCUCCUGUAGACCAUCACCACCUCUGCCUCCCAAAGUCUUGAAUCAAGACAAAUGUUAUUUUGUGUGUGGUUUCUCUUUUUUUUUUAAAUACUGUUUUGUUCUUCAAAUAAUAAAGAUUCUAUUUUCUAGCA